GUCGAGAUCACAGCCCUUCAGCUGCCAAGGUGAGGACGCAGCACUCCGGCUAGGAAGCAGAUCCCGCAGGCUCUGAGCGUCAGCUGCAGGCUCGGCGCCAUGGCGUCCCAGAGUCGGCGGCGGAGGCACCCGCGGAGGCUGGAGACGGUGGUGCCGGGGGAAGCGACCGAGACAGAUUCGGAGCCCUCUGCGUCCUCGUCCGAGGAGGAGGAGUUGUACCUGGGUCCUUCGGGCCCGACGCGCGGCCGCCCCACGGGGCUGCGGGUGGCUGGGGAAGCCGCGGAGACCGACUCGGACCCGGAGCCUGAGCCGACGGCCGCGCCCAGGGACCUGCCUCCGCUCGUGGUGCAGCGGGAAUCGGCGGAGGAGGCCUGGGGCGCGGAGGAGGCCCCGGCGCCCGCCCCCGCGCGCUCGCUCCUGCAACUUCGGCUGGCGGAGAGCCAGGCUCGGCUGGACCACGACGUGGCGGCCGCCGUGAGCGGUGUGUACCGCCGUGCGGGCCGCGACGUGGCCGCCCUGGCUAGUAGGCUGGCGGCAGCCCAGGCGGCAGGGCUGGCGGCGGCCCACAGCGUGCGCCUGGCACGCGGGGACCUCUCCGCGCUGGCUGAGCGCCUGGACAUCGUGGCUGGCUGCCGCCUGCUGCCGGACAUCCGCGGCGUGCCGGGUACCGAGCCUGAGCAGGACCCGGGGCCGCGGGCCUAGCCAUGAUUCUACUUCUCUACCUGGCUCUGCAGUUUGGGGGUAGGCCUUGCUGCCUCUGGAGCUUGACUCUGUCCCUUGUGUCCCUUUUUAUUUUAUUUAUUUUUUUAUUUUAAAGACGGGGUUUCACCA